GAGGACCCCUGCUCUGGAGGCUCUAGUUUAUCAAUGCAUCUCCUAAAAUGUGAUGUCCAGAACUCAAGCCAGUACAACUUGUGAGACUCGACUGAGGAUUUUCAACCCCCUCCUUCUGAGGCACUAGGAUUUCCAAGAUGGUGUUAACUUUUUGGUGGCUCUCUCAUGCUGUUGAAGCUUGAAUUCCAUGAAACUCCCUAGAGCUUUUCCCCAGGAACCAUAACUUUAAUUGUGUGUUACCCAUCUUGUACUCAAAAACUGGAUUUUUUGAGGCCAAAAAUCUUAUGGGGCAUCUAGGUGGUGCUGUGUCAGAUAGAGUACUGGGUCUGGAGUCAGGAGGAACAGUUCAAAUACAACCUCAGAUACUUAUUAGUUGUGUUAACACUUUACCCUGUUGCCCUUAGUUUCCUCUAUAAAAUGAGCUGGAGUAGGAAGCAACAAAUGAUUUUAGUAUCUUUGCCAAGAUGACCCCAAAUGGGUCAGGAAGCUUUAAUAUGUCUGGCCCAGCGUUUCUCAGAUUUGGAGCUGGAAGUCAUCUAGUCCAGCUUCUUGGCCUAGGUCUUGCUGCUGCUAAACACCAAGCAAGGAUUUGAACCCAGUUCUACUGGUACCUGACCCAGCAUCCUUUGCUCAUUAUCAUUUAGUCUCUAGCCUGCUGACAUCAUCUUGAAUUCUUCUCAGUCAGCAUGUUCCACUCUUCCUCACAACUUUCUGUCAUCCACAAAUCUGAUGAGCAUGUCAUGUCCUUUCUUAAGUCAUUAUGGAGCUCAUUGAACAUCACAGGGACAAAUGUAGAUUCCUGGGUACUCCCCUAGAGACCUCCUUCUGAGCUGGCCCCAAACCAGCAAAUCUGCCUGGGUUUGGUUGUCAUUUCACCAGUUUCAAUUCUACUGAAGCAUAUUAUCAUCUAGGAUAAUGGCAUGAGAGACUUUAUCAAAUGCUUCUUAAAAUCUUGGUAACUUGUACCCCUGGAACUUUUUGAAUUCUGCUAGUCUAGUACCUCGUUUCAAAGAGAAAAUAAGAUCAAUCUGGUCUUCGUGAAGCUGAGCUGGCUUUGUGAUGACCACUUCCUUUUUCAAAUGUUCACUUAAGCAUUCCUUUAAUAAUAUGUUCUAGAAUUUUUCCAGGAACUGAAGUCAAGCUCACUGGGGAGUCUGUUAUUCCCCUUUUAUAAACCCUGGCCUGCUCUUUUUUUUUUCCCUUCAAAAUUGAACUAUUUAUCUUUCGCUGAUCCUGUAGAGAAUGGGAGAAGUGCCAUGAUUUCUCAGUGAGGCUCAGCAGUUACAUCUGCCAACUGGUUUCAGUGCCCUGGGCCAAGGGACUCAAAUUCUUCUAGGCCAGUUAAGUACUUUCUUAUUGUAUCCCUAAUUUUCUUGGGUGUCAACUCCCUAUUAAAUGUUUUUCUUCUAUCCUUACCAUCCCAAAGAUCAUUCUUCUUGGCUGGGAAAAUCAGCAAAAUAAAUGAAGCCGCUCUGCCUUUUGGCUCCUUCUUCUAAGCAUUGUUCUUCUUGGACCCAGGUCUUCUGGAUCUGAGGUCCUUGCACCCUUGGACAUGAUCUUCUUCAUUCUUCCUUUCUUUUUCAAAACAUGUCUUUCUGUUUUGAUAUUAUGAUCUUUCUGGGUAGAUACUUUCCUGCCUUCUCUUGUAACAAAGAAAGCUAACUGCUAUGGUUAGUACCUCAUUUGACAACGUAUGUGUCGUUCUCCCAGUGAGAUGCGACCAUCAUUGGCUUUCCAGGUGCUCAGAGUUCAGUGCCAUUAAAAUGUGCUUCUGAUUCUGCUUAUUUCAUUCACUUUAGCUUCUGUCUUUCUUCCCAGAGGCCUUGAGAUUCCUUGUAGUUAUCAUUUUUUACUGCUGAGCUCUCAGAAUGUGGACAAGGCACAGAAAGUGGUUUAGAAGUACCAGUGACAAGUGCCCCCACCCCCAGCUUGGUGACCAGUUGGACAAGGGAUAUCAGGUCGUGGGUAUAGAGUUGCCCUGGGAAUCAGGAAGCCCCAAAGGCAGGUCUCUCCUGGGGCACUUGGCUCUGUGGCAAAACAGCUAAGUCUCCUGGCCUCUCAAUGCCCCAGACAAUCUAAGACGAGGGAAGCUGCAGAUCUGCCUAGAUAGAGGGAAUGGCCUAAUGAAAUUACAGGACCACCCUGUCCCCAGUGAUGAGUGAGCAGAGAGGCAUAGCUACUGAAGGCCAAAGAUUAGGUGUCCCGGCACUCCCCUUGUUGAUGAUACUGGAAAGAGAAAUUUGGAGUCAGAAGGCCAGCACUGGCAUUUACAGUCAGAGGAACCUCGGGUAAAUCUUUGAGCCACUCUGAGCUCAUGGGGUCACUUUCUGCUUGAUGACAAGAAAAACUCGCCAGCAGUUCCAGCUGUCCUGAAGUGGAGUGGGUGCUCAGAGAGGCCUUCGGGCUUAUGUUCCACGUCUAGAAAAGGAGGGGGCCUAGAUGAUUUCCAAUGGUUUUGCCUGGCUCUGUGGUCAGUGGGAUAAGAGGAGGACAUCGGGGGUCAUCCUAGUUGGGUGGAUCUGAAACUGGUUGAAUGGGUGGUGAGUGUAUGGUUCAACAAUGUUCCCAAUGACUUGGGUGAGGGUAGAGAUGGGUGCUUAGCCAAUUUGCAGGUGACAUGAAGCCGGGGAGCUUGGCUGAUAAUUGAAAAGGACCUUGACAGGCUGGAACAAGGGGCUGAUCUAACAAAAUAGGAUUCAGUGAGGUAAGAUCCAACUGUGGGGAGAGGGUGGCAACACGGAGAGUCAGGUGUGUUAGUGGCCCCCACACAGGGUGACGGGGAGGCUCCUGAAGCUCUUGCAACCUUGGGAUUAGAUUGCUGGAGGAGCAGGGGCCAGAAGAAGGUGGUGAUACCCUCCAGGCAGUUCUGUCGUAGCCAGACCCCAUCUAGAGUAGUCUGUCUCCCCUGGGUGCCACAUUCGGAGAGUAGACAAGCUGGAAAACAACAACCAGGAUUUUGACGGGACUUGAAAUUCAUUGUGGAUCAUUCAGAUGAGAUGAGGAAGCAGUGGAGGCCCAUUUUAAGUAUGCUUGGCCCCCCAAAACAGACCAGGUCCAGAAUAGCCAAGAGGCAAAUUUGGGCCAUGUGUAAGGAAAGUCAAUAUAGAAGGAGUUCCUGAAUGUUUUUGUUUGCUUUUCCCACCCAGCCCCCUUUACUCCCUUGUCCCCUGACAGUUCUGCUCAUCUGAACUCAUUUCCCAAGAUACUGGUCCUUUUGCUGCCCUGUCCCCUGUGAUUAUCGCAGGGGAGGCGUCCAUCCCAUCCCAUCCACCACCACCCUCCCUCUGGGCAGCCACUUGUAGAAUCAGAGAAUGGGCCAAAAGUUACCCGAGGAGUUUCAAGUCUGAAGGAGAAUGGAUCGCUGGGCAUGCAUUAAAGCAUCUAAUGUGUGUGAGGGAGGCACUGUGCUAGCUGCUUGGGUCAGGAGACUUGAUGGAGGGUGCCACACAAGGGUGCAGAUGACCCAGAGCUGGAGACGAUAGCUAGUACCCUGGAUAAUGAGACAGCAUGCAUUGAGGGCCUGACAAUUAGUACCUUGGGCUGAGGAAGCUCAGUAAAGAUAACAUGUAAUAUCUUACACUUGAGGACCAAAAGUCAAUCUCCCAGGUACAAGUGAAGCUGAAAAGUAUUCUGGGCCUUUUCAGAGACCCUGCGUUCACUCUAAAUCAAGCAUUAUAGGGCCACUAAGUGAGCUACUGGGAAUAGAGGCAUAGAGGCCAGGAAUAAGGAGGUGAGGACCCGUUGUUGGGGGGUCAGUCUCUGCUUGACAAGAAAAACUCACCAGCAGUUCCAGCUGUCCCACAGUGGCGUGGAUGCUCAGAGAGGCCUUCGGGCUUAAGCCAGAUGGGUAGUACCUAUUAUGUGUCAAUAACUUUGCUAAAUGCCGGGGAUAGAAAAAGAGGGAAAAAAGCAGUCCUUGCCUUCUAGGAGCUUACAGUCCAAUGGAGGAGACAAUUUGCAAACAAAUCUAUACAAAGCAAACUGCGUACAAGAUAAACCAAAGAUAACAGGGAAAGCACUGAUACUCACGGGGAUCAGGAAAGGCUGCCUGUAGGAAGGGGAUUUCAGGCAGGGAAAAUGGCUGGAGUCAGGAGAUAGAGUGCUGUGGGAGAGAGGCAGCAAGGAGGCCCAUCUCACUGGGUGGCAGAAUCUGUGGGCAUGAGUAAGGAAUGAGAAGACUGGAAGCUUAGAGGAGCCAGAUUCUGAAGGGAAUUGGGGUCUGAUCCUGGAGGGGAUAAGGAGCCAGCACUGGAGUCGAGGGGAAGGGAGAGUGGAAGUGCCAUGUACUUUAGGAAAAUCACAGCCGAGUGGAGAAUGGCCUAGACUGGGGAAGCACUUGAAGCAGAGAGCCCAAUGGGAAGGCCAUUGCAGUAGUCCAGAUAUGGAGAGAUGAAGGCCUGCCCCAGAGCAGUGGCAACGUCCUAGAUGUUUCCAAGGCAUCGGAUUGGAUCUGGGGGGAAGGAGAUAGGUGGGAGUUGAGGAUGACUUCUAGGUGGGUGAGGGGCUGUGAGGAUGGUGGUGCCCUCAACAAGAAUAAGAAAGUUAAGAAGAUGGAGGGUUUGGGAUUAGGACUAGCGGUGGGGAGGCAGCAGAGAGCCUGUAGUAAGCAAGGAUCAGGAGAACGUUUUUGUGCUUAAUCUGGGUGAGGAUGGGGGCUGGAGGCUGGACUGAAUAUCCUCCUGAAGACCUCCCACGUUGUGAUCCAAGGAACACACGGUGCGAGUAGGACCUGGGACAGGACAAAAACUCAGUAGGGCUGCCAUGCUACAAGGCUGCUUUUUCUCCUUUUCAGGGAAACUUCUUCUAUCCCUCUGUCAGGGACACAGAUCGAAUCAGAGGCCCAGGGGACUGUUGGUCUUGGUGUAGGACAAAUCAGCAUUCCUGCUCUUCUCCCUUAAGGAUCCACAGGAGACUCGCUGAUGGCAGCUACCCUUCUGAUGGCUAGGCCCCAGGAACUGGUGACAUUCAAUGACGUGGCGGUGUAUCUCUCGAAGGAGGAAUGGGGCCAACUGGACCCUUCUCAGAGAGCCCUCUACAAAGAUGUGAUGCUGGAGAAUUAUGGGAAUGUGGUCUCCCUUGGUUUUUCUGUUUGCAAGCCUGAAAUGAUCUCACGGCUGGAGCAAGGAAAGAUGCCCUGGGUCUCGGAGCUGAGGAGAACAGACGAUCGGACCACCUGGCCCGAUGAUCGACCGGAGAAGGGCAACAUGGAAUCUCUUCAUAAUCGGGAAAUGUCUAAAGAUGAAUCUGGGUGGAUUUUGUUAGCGGGGAUCCCCAUGGAGCAAGGCAGCAAACUUGUAGAACCCUCUGUCUAUCUUAGUAAGUUAAAGGGGUCCCGGCAAAACCCAGCAGAGAAGAGACCCAGGUACUCCCCUUCAAAGCCCCCCAAUACCAAGCUUAUUAUGACCAUCAUCCCCAGGAAGAGGGUUACAGAGAAUAACCACGCGUCCCAUGGACAAGAAUGGAGCUGUGCGCCAAGCCGCCAUCUGAUUACCCAUGAGGGAGAUCUGAUGAGAGAGCAGCCCCUGAGUUAUGAUUCGUUUAACCGUCCCCUCAAGCAAAAUUCAGAAUUCGUGAGACACAUGAGAAAUCGCAGGACUGAGAAACCGUAUAAAUGUACUGAAUGUGGGAAAGCCUUCAGCAGGAGCUCACACCUCAUUCGACAUCAGAGUAUUCACAAUGCAGAAAAGCCCUAUGAGUGUAACGAAUGUGGAAAGGCCUUCAGUCAGAGAUCAUCCCUUAUUGGACAUCAAAAAGUUCACAGUGGAGAGAAACCUUAUAAGUGUAAUGAGUGUGGGAUUGCCUUCAUCUGGAGUUCACACCUCAUUCAACAUCAAAAAAUUCAUAGUGGAGAAAAACCCUAUGAAUGUACUGAAUGUGGGAAAGCCUUCAGUAGAAGCUCAUACCUGAUCGGACACCAGAGAAUCCAUAGUGGGGAGAAACCUUAUGAGUGUAAGGAGUGUGGGAAAACUUUCAGGUGGAGAUCAGCUCUUAAUGAUCAUCAUAGUAUUCACAAUGGAGAAAAACCCUAUGAAUGCAAUGAGUGUGGGAAAGCCUUUGGGGGGAGAUCACACUUGAUUCGGCAUCAUAGAAUCCAUACUGGAGAGAAACCCUAUGAAUGUAAUGAAUGUGAAAAAGCCUUCAGUAGGAACUCACAUCUUAUUAGACAUCAGAAAGUUCAUAGUGGAGAGAAAUUCUGUGAAUGUAAUUGAUGCAGGAGAGACAGCCCUCAAGUGGCAGACUUUAUGGCGUCUCCUCUUAUUCUUAGUGGAGAGAAAUCCUGUCUGUCAUUGAAAAAUGCUUCAGGUAGAACUCAUCCUUUAAUCAUUGUUAGAAUACGCUUCUUGGAGAGAAACGUCCUGAACAAAAGAGACUUCGGGGAACCAGCUCUCCCCAGAUCCCCAAAACAAAACCUGUGGGGAUAUAACAAAAUUAACCCCUCAAAAUAAGAAGAGGAAGCCUGAAACCACUACUGGGAAGGAGACAGAGAAGGGAGCAAGGCCUGAGACUGCUCCCCUGAGACUAGGACCAAAGGGUCUGAAUAGGAGAUUGAGCUUUUUUGUCCAGGCCUGCCAUGUAGGUAGACCAAGAAGCAAGAGAAGAAUGAAAGGAAGGGCCCCCUUUAGGGCGAUAGUGGGUCACAAGCUGGUAGCAUCUGGCAGUGACUGUGGUAACUACCUUCUGGGCUGGGGCUGGAAUUGGAAUCAUAGAUGGAGUUGGAAUAGAAUAUUGUCCUCAUUUUAUAGAUGAGGAGACUGAGAUUCUGAGAAAAUUGAAGGAUUUUCCCUGGGUUACUCAUAGCUAGCUUUGGAACCCCAAGUACUCUUACUCCAGAUCCAGAUCCAUUGAUCAAAUUCCCUCUAUUCUGACUCCAGCUUCAGGGAUGACCCAGACCCCCACUGAAAGAGGGUCACCUUCAGUAUCAGUUUAUUCUGAUUGAAUAAAUUUAAUCAACAAAGAGACAGAAUACUGUUCCAAGUCAAAGGACUGGAUUUGUUUUUAUAUUUUUCAAUAAGAACCAAGGGAAAAAAUGAAACACAAAUGCCAGCAGAAUCAGUCCCACAAAUACUAGGAAAAUAAAUUGGAUGAUCACAUUAAAGACAGAGAGUAAUUCAGCUUCCAAAAAGUCAAGGAAGAGAUAGAGGAAAAAUGGAAAGCAAAGAGAGGGACCAGCCUUGAGACUUUGCUGGUAUAGGUCAGGAAACUCCUUCCACCAAUGCAGGUUGAAUUGGUAAAUUCCCUCUCUGCAACUUAAGUCCUAGGGACUUGCUUGGAGUACUUGCCCAGCCGUUAUUCUGUAUCAGAGAUAGGAUUUAAAUAGACAUCUUUCUGGCCCUGAGACCAUCUUUCCAUAUAUAUGGUUCUCAAAUUGGUCUCAGAACCCCUUUUACACUUAUAAAAAUGAUUAAGGAUCCUUUUUCCAAAGAGCUUUUGUUUAUGUAGGUUAUAUCUAUCAGAUCUGACCAUAUUAGAAAUUAAAACAUUUUGGUAUUAAUGUGAAACUAGUUUGGCCUCAUGUAUACCCUGAAAUGGUUUCAGGGACACUCAGAUUCUCCUUUGAGAACCACUACAGCAUGGAGUCAUGCUGCCUCUCAAUGCAGAACACAGAAAAUCAAAAUGACAGUAGAAGCACAAAUUAAGUAUCCGAGCAAAGUUCAGCAAAUUAUAAUAUCUAACACUUGUCUAGUUAUUUACCUCAUAGAUCCCACUUUAUCCUCAAUACACUUUUCGAGGCAAUGUGAGUGGGUAAAAAGUUUUGGAUUUUGGUCACCUGAGCUUAAUUUUUCUACAACAUGUCCAAUGCAGUUACAAGACGCGUGUCCAUGUUUCCUUCUAAUAUAACUGGACAAAUCCUAAAAGUCACAGAAUGCCAAAAAGUACUUAAAAGGUUUAAAGACUCUCAAACCAUGUACUACUUAGAAUCCCAGAAGUGAUCACAAAAAAAAAAACAACUACAUUUGUGUAGAAAUAAUUGGAGAACACAGAAUAGACUCAAACUGGCACCUCUGUGGAAUUGGGGGACUCUGGCACAUCUAGAAGAAAUAUAAUUUAAUUUUACAAUAGUGAAGAAAAAAGUACUUCAAGUACAGAUCAAAAUCUCUCCAAAUUUCUCAGCCAUGGCAAGGGGACAUUGGCAAAAUUUUAAAAGAAUAGGCUUGGAUCUGAAAGUCACAUUUCCUACAUCUACUACAAAUUUGGACAUUUAAUUUGAAGGCAUAAAAAUAAUGUUGAGCAACCAGGAUAACUUCAAGGAAUUUGGCAAAAGUUCAGCAUUGAAAAGUCCAAAUAAAUAUUUGGUAUAAUAGAAUUUAAACCUGUGGUUACCUAUAAUUGAUUGCAGAGCAAAAUGAUUAGGCUUUGUGAAAGAAAUAUAAAUGUUUCCAUCUGA